AAAUAAUCGCGCACUAUCGCCGAAGUCUCGAAACGCGCGGCGUCCGACGAGCUUUUCUCGAGUUUUCGUCGCGAAGAAGCGACCUCCCGAGGUCACGCGAGCGGAUUCACUUCGUCGAGGCCGAAUCUCGUGAGAAUCAAUCUCGAUCGAUCGUUCCAAAUAUUAAUUUUUGCUGCGAUUUCAAAGAGCGAUCGAAUAUAAAAUAUAAAGUCUUUUUUACCGUGAAUAUAAUUGUGCGAUCGACUUAUUGUUAGAAAAGCGCUCUGUCGAAAAAAAGAAUCUUUUCUAGUAUUAUAUAGUAAUGGUGGUGGAUGUGGUGUAAAAUAAUAGAUUUAAACUUGCAUUUAAAAAAUAGAUUCUGCUACAAAAUGUAUUUUUUUAUUUAAUGAAAGUUAAAAGUAAAAACAAUUCAAAUCUCAUUUUCUCUUUCAUAUCUGAAUAAAGCGAGAUGAAUGAAAUUUGAGUGGAUGGUAACAAAGAAAUUGUGCUCCCCUAAGAAAGUUCUGAUUUUUAUAUAGUGAUCUGCAAACAAACCGUGAAUAAAUAAAUAAUGAAAAAAUGGAACAAUCGUAUAAAGAUUGUUAAAAUCAUAAAAGUGUAAUCAUGGUGAAAAUUUUUAUUAUCUCGCAAAAAAAUGAUUAAGAUUCCUUUGUAUGUUCUUUUCUGACUCUUGUAACAAGAAGCUAAAGAACGGAGAAAUACAUUUGAAACGCGCGUUUCCUUCUCAAAAUAUUUACAUGAUCGAAUGAAACGAAGCAACACUUUGCUUGCAUCAUCAAUUUAUAGAUCGCAUUUGCAGCUAUGCCGAAGCGUCUACAAACAAAUCUGACAAAGGGGUAGUUAUUAUCGAACAGACUUUUAGACAAAGAUAUCCAGAUUCCUUCCAAUAAACUAGAGUAAACGAAACCAACAUUAGUGACAUAAAAAGGAUAUACAUUGAGAAUUUCUUUUUAUGCAAAAGCAUUCAAUAUGCAUGGAUUAAUAAAAAUGAAAACUGUUUGAUCAUUUAACAAAAUAAAAAAUCUCAAAAUUCUACGUACGAUUUUCUUGUUAUCUCGUUUCCACAACCAAGUAUAAAAAUAGAAAAAUUGAAGAAAAUAUAAAAACACAGAAAAACUGCAAGUCAAAUGACGCAAACUUUUUACGAACAACGUCACAACCGUAUUAUGGCAAGUGCAAAAAGAAGCGCAUCGUUCAAUUCUCAUAAUUAAAUAAUUUGUUGAAUAUUAGUCCUUGCGUUCAGUGCAAUAUCUGGAUCUCGCAUCUCUUUACAUUCAGAAGAAUAUCCAUCCGAUGGCGGAGGACAAUAGCCGAUCGGCCGAGGAAUCCGGUUUGCUCGAAGUCGAGAGGAAGCUCGAUAGACCGAGCCGACCGCGAGACCAAAGAGCUGUCAAGGUCAAGGACAAGCCCGAGGAUCCUCGACUUCCGACUCCGCCCCCGGAUCCGCAGUGCCUGGCGGUCGCGCGGGAUCGCGCGACAGGAAUAACGUCUCGCCCUGAAGAAGAGGAAGAGGAUCUCGCGGCUUACCUCAGCGAGCUCGGCGCCUCGCCGUUCGAGGGCCACUCGUUCGACUACGACACCACCCCGAAUUCGACAACCUCGGUCCCCUUCGCCGAAGAAGCGUUCGAGCACCUGGACCGGCUGUACGCCUUGACGGAGCAGAUCCUAGAGCUGCGCUCACGCAGCUCCAAGUUCUUCCGGCGCGUUCGAGGACUCGAGCGCGUCAAGGUUCAGAGAAAUGCCGAUCGGCGGCUGGAAAUCGCCCUGGCGAACGAUGAGGAGGAGCUGCUCCGCGAUUUCACCGACGAGGACACCGGUUUCGCGGAGUCGCUGCUGGACGCGAUGCUGUCGAAUUGUCGGGAUGCCACGUCGAUUCCGAGACGAGGCGAACGUUUGAGCGGGAGAUCUCCUUCGUCGUCGUCGAGGCAACGAAGCCGAUCCUUCGCCCUGGCCGAGCAGAAUAUCUCUUCGAACCUGCUGGAACGGGCGGCCGAGGCAGCGGACAAACGCGGAGGUUCGUUCGCGAGAAACGCGAGUCAUAACGGAGGUCCGAAAGUAAGCAAAUGGACCAGAGUGAAGGCGGCCUUCAAAUGGGAGCGCGCUUGUACCAACGAUCUCGCGGACAUCGCGGAAUCCAGCACGUUGACGACAGCAUCGUCCACGCCGACGACCAAGUAUCUGAGGAUCCCGGACGCGAUCGCUACCGGAAGCUGGACCCCUUGUACCAGCGAAGUCUCCACGCCGAUCGGCAGAGUAUCGCCCGCGUCGUCCUCCAACGAGGAGGUGUUUGAUGAUUCGCGCAAAAAUUUGAUAAUCUAUCCGGAUCGACAACCGACGAAAGAUGACAGAAAGAAGGAAGAUCCAGAUCCCAUCGCAGAGAAUGUCGGUUCCGUAGAAUCUCCGAGCGAGGCAAAUCGCAGUAAACCAUUGAUUCGCAUCAUCUCGGAUACGGAUGCAACGAUGCACGCUGCAAGCGUGAGAGAUCCAGAAGUAUCACCCAAGAGACCAACGCCGACUCUGACGAUCACGAUACCUUCGAAUGAAGAGGAAAUCAAAAGUUUAUCCUCUCCGGAAUCGAUAUCUCCUCUACCUUCGAGCACGCAAGAUUCCGGCGGAAGUUCGCCGCAGCAUCCCAAGAUGCGCCAGGAUACGUCGAGUCCGAGGGAAUUUAAACGACAGCAUUCGACGAUCGAGGAAGCAGUAACGCAAGCGCCAAAGAUACAGCGACAAGAUUCGAAAUGGAACAAGGUCAGACGUGCUUUUCUCACGAACGCCACCUUCAGCGUUCCACCGAGUCCGGUUAGAGUGGUCGCAGCACAAUCAUUCACAAAUGAUGGUAUCAGCAGCAACUACAACAGCAGUAACAAUAACCACUGUCGGGAGCAAGAAGCGCGCAAGGAUUAUCAGGGAUUGCGAGAGAAGUUCGGUGCCGAGUUCCACCGGAAGCUGGUCGAGUGGGAGCGCCUGAAAAACACACGAAACGCUCGUGAUGGUCUACCGUUGAACGAGGAACGGCUGGCACCCGAGUUCCGGAAGAAGCUGCAGGAUUGGAAGCGGACGAAGAAGGGCCGACGAUCCGGUGCGACCAUCGAACAGCAACGUGUCAGUCGUCGACGCUUGACCGACUGGCAGCUCUGGCGCUCCUCUUCAUCAAAACCCGAGCUCAGGUGUUACAAUAAAAAUCAGAAUUCAAUCGGUUCUCGCGGAAGCUGCGCGAGUAUCGGUAGCGCAGGAAGCUUCGGCAGCGAUGGAAAACAGCAUCUCUGCGAGGACUUCAUCAAGCGGAUGGAGGCGUGGAGGAGGAUGAGUGAAGCCGCGUGUCGAAGCAACGAGAGACCAAAAUCGCCGGCUAAUCGCAUCGCGUCCGACAACAUCGACGAAACGGAAUUUCUCGCCUUAGAGAAGCUGCUGUUGCUGUUUGGUCAAAGAAUCGGGAAGGAACAUCGUGAGAGCGACGCGAGACAACUGAAUGAUUGCUUCGACGGCGACUCGAGAUUCAUGGCUAUGUCUCGAGGCGUAAACUGUGGUAACGAAGUGUUGAUUCGCACAUCCGUUGGAUCCUAUCGGUUCGAAGGGAUAUCCCGAGAAUUCACAAGAAAAUUAUACGAUUGGGAAAAGUAUCGCGGAAUAUCGCCCAGGUCCUCGACAUUCCGCCUUUUGGGACCUGGUUAUACGCCGUUCAUGCAAGGUUCGGACGAAGCUACGUUGACAGAAUCAUCAAGUACGACGGGAAAGAAUCGUGGAUUCCACUGGACCCUAAAGAGAUCCAAGUCGGAUGGUAGCGUGUUCGAAGGCAGUCUUCGGGAUGAAUCGUUCACUAUGCGUCGAUCCACGAGUCUCCAAUCUCUGAUCUCUACCAACAAACUCGAAGAUGACACUCGAAUGAACACUCUGCCAGUUUCUAAUAACUCGCAGGGGAUGAAAGAUCCCUCAGAGGACACGGCAGUGGAGGACUCCGAACCAGAGGCGAUGAUCGUCGAUAUCGAGGACGUCAUCGAAGAGACAGCCAGUCCUUUGACCGGGGUACAACCUCAUCAGACGCCGGUGUAUUCUGUCGCGGCCAGCGAAACCACCAGCAUCGCCGUCCCUCUCGGUACAGUUACAUCCAGCCACGAGCCGUCGCCGGUGUUCUUGGUCGAAGCUGAAGACAAUGAGAAUUGCGAACCAUGGAACGGCAGAAAGUGGAUCGGUCAGGAAAUUCGAGCGAACGAGAGUCCGAGACGCUUCUCGCUAUCCGAGGACUGGCACGAGAAAGUGACAUUUUUGAAGGAAGAUAAAUCGAGCUGGAAGGAAGACACCAAGGAGAAUCAAGGAGCCACAGACUGGAUCGAAAAAAGACGCCGUUCGAGUCUAGAUUUCGACGAUUCUCUGAAAUCCGACCAAUCGAUUGAAUGGAAUCGAGAUACUUCGGACGAGUCGUGCGAUAAACCGAAGAGAGAUUCAAUCACACUCGAAUUGCCUCUAACGCCGAUCUAUGAAAGUAAAAAUGAUACGAAGAAACAAGAGUCUUCUUUUGAAAAUGACAACUCCGAAUCUGCGUACUUUGCGGAUAAUUUCGAACCUACGUCGACGACCUGGAAUGCGGAAGAAUUAAUGGACUCGCCGCGCACGUGGACUAAGGAGAUGAACGAGACCAGAAAGAUCGAGGAUUUAGCAGAUGAAUUAAUGAAUAAUGAGCAGACAAUCGAUGCAGUGGACUUUCAAGAUGACAGAAACGACCAAGAGGCCAAAAAGAAAAAAAUAAUUAUCAGCACAGAUUUUUGUACUUACCAAUUGGCAAAAACAAUAGCAUCUUCAGAUCGCCGCGAUUCCACGGAAACUUUAUCGAAAUUAUCGAACUCAAACUUGGACGAUAACAAAGAUAUGUCGGAAUGCUGCGAUCUUAAUAUUAAAAAUGAGACUUCAGCACGUUACGAGAAUUGUAGUUCUCCCGAGCUACAGGAUGUCGAUCGACAUUAUGAAAUUCUCACAUUUAAAACAGACACGUACGACGAUACGGUGAAUAAUCACUUGUACGAACCGGUCGAUUAUCACGAAGAAGUACGCGGUUCCUCUUAUGACGACAAAAAUAAAUCCAUAAGAGAGAGUCUUUUGUCAUCAAAGUUAGCAGGAAUGGAUAGAUCUAAUCUUGCGGAAACUUCGAAAAGCCUCUUGACCAAUUCGACCAUUCGGACUGUACCAAUAACCGUCUGUCGAGACAACGAAGCGCGCUGUUUGGAGAAAAUUCUGAUCAACGAGGAGACGCUGAACAAAAUAAUCGUUCCCACAGCGAGCGCGGAGAACGGAAUGAAGAGAAUCCGGAAUCGUUUCGCGAGCGAUGAACACCCAGACGACGUCAUCGACGAUCGAUCGAUCGAUUACAGUUCAUCUGCGAAGAUCGCGACUCGCGACAAUCAGAUUGACGGUAUCAAGAAGGACGGGUUUUCCUCCAAGAACGUUUUUGUCAAGACCAAACGCAUGAUAUUCGGCCCAUUCCGUCGCUCGGAAGACCGGACAGCUUCAAGAAAGGAAAGCGACGGCUUCAUCGACAGUCGACUCCGACGUUCGUCGAAAUCCAAAAGUAAAUCGAGAUCGGCGUCGCCCAAAUUAUCUCGACACGACGCUUUAAUGCGCAUCUCGUCCUUACCGUGGCCUCUACGCUCCACCCCGAAGGAUAGCGAAGGUCCUUUCGAAGCUGAGUCCAGAAGAAGCUCAGGAAGCAAAAUGGAAGAUGCAAUGACGAUCCAGCAAAGAAAUUCGUCCUGCGAAGAGAAUAGAGAAUUCAACAAUCUACUAACUGAGGAGAAGUCAACAUUGUCAUCAAAUAAUGUAAGCUCUGAAAAGAUUCGACACUCGGAUACGAAAUUUGUGACUGCGCCGAGAAAUAUAUGUUCGUUCGGGAUGACUUCUACACGAAUUUCUGAGCGAUCAGAUCGAUCGAAAGUAACAUCGAUUAAACAGGACCGAUGCGGUCAAACGCAGAACGAUGAAGAACGCGGUAAAGUCAAGUGUAAUCAAGUCGAUGUUGAAGAAAAGCGAGACGAGGAAAGAUUCAGCCGAAAGCAAGACGAAAGGGAGAACAGAUUCGUCCAAAAACAGGACAAAGCGAGGCAGCAGGAUGAGAGUCACGUGAAAUGCGACACGGUAUCAUCCGAUUUGAUGCACAAGCUUCGAAUACUUUCGGAUGCUGCGGCGAAAAAGGAGGGUCGAGCGACGAUUACAGAAUCUCCCGUCAUCAGCGAUCCGGAAUCGCGUUCCUCGAGAAUACGUCGCGCCAAAGAGAGCUUCCUGUCGCGUCGAGGCGGUCCUUUCUGUCGCUCCAUGAUGGAGUCGUCGGAAGAAAUUGCGGAUCCUUGGAAACGUUCAACGCUGAUGUCCAGUAGUCAGAUAUCAAUUGAAACGUCAAAGCCGAAUGAAAAUCUAGUGGUUGCAGAAUCCAACGAAACAGAAAAUGCGGCAAGUCUAAUAAAAAUGACGUCGCCGAUCGCACAAGACGAAAUCGGUUCUUUAAGUGAGGACAAAAUCGACGGGUGUCAGGAGAAGAAUCUCACGAUCGACGCCGGUGUUCGAUCGGAAUCGCUGGUGAAAUCGGCGAGCGCCAGUAUGAUCAACGUGGAUCCCAAUACAUUCGAUCGAUUAGCUACGACCGAUCGCGGAUGCGAGUCCUUGCCAAGGGCGAUCGCGAAGCGGCGCGACUCUUCGGGGCCGCUGGCGAAGAUCGUCGGCAAGCUGAGACUGUCGCGACUGAUUCGCGCCAAAAACGACAAUGGAGGUAUGAGCACGAUUUCGACGUUGUGCAGGCAGAGUUUGUUGAUCGACAUGCGUGACGAUCCUGAGAAUCGACGGAGCAACGAACGGGAAUCGGAGAGGGAUUCGGUUGCGAAGGAUGAGGAUAAGGACGAUGAUCGUUCGGGUGAAUCUUCUUAAAACGAUACUUAAACAAAGUUUUCAUCAACAUAUUGUUUACGUAAUAUUCCGGGUAUAUCUGUGAAUUUUUUAAAUUUAUUUCUUAAGUUUGUUUAGGUCUUGCAACAACGAGAAAGUAAUCUUGAAUAAUAGAUAUAAGUUUUUCUCUUUUUCACUAGUCGGAUACUGAUGUUUCAAUUAAUUUAUUCAUUAACAAAAACCUGAGCGCGCUAAUGGAAAAUGUAUAAGCAAUUGAAAGUAAACAAUUUUUCAUAAAUUAAGCCUCCAAACUGUUAAUAGAUAACAAUUAUUCAUAACACGAUUUGUUAUGACAAAAUCGCUUAAAAUUAAAAUAAAAAACGUAUAUUUA